AUGCACCGUCUCACAGCAGCGCUGACUAGCGUGGGUGCACUUGCUAUUGUGACAGCAGCAUUGACUAGCGUGGGUGCACUUGUGACAGCAGCACUGACUAGCGUGGGUGCACUUGUGACAGCAGCACUGACUAGCGUGGGUGCACUUGCUAUUGUGACAGCAGCACUGACUAGCGUGGGUGCACUUGCUAUUGUGGCAGCAGCACUGCCUAGCGUGGGUGCACUUGCUACUGUGACAGCAGCACUGACUAGCGUGGGUGCACUUGCUAUUGUGACAGCAGCACUGACUAGCGUGGGUGCACUUGCUAUUGUGGCAGCAGCACUGCCUAGCGUGGGUGCACUUGCUACUGUGACAGCAGCACUGACUAGCGUGGGUGCACUUGCUACUGUGACAGCAGCACUGACUAGCGUGGGUGCACUUGCUAUUGUGACAGCAGCGCUGACUAGCAUGGGUGCACUUGCUAUUGUGACAGCAGCACUGACUAGCGUGGGUGCACUUGUGACAGCAGCACUGACUAGCGUGGGUGCACUUGUGACAGCAGCACUGACUAGCGUGGGUGCACUUGCUAUUGUGGCAGCAGCACUGCCUAGCGUGGGUGCACUUGCUACUGUGACAGCAGCACUGACUAGCAUGGGUGCACUUGCUAUUGUGACAGCAGCGCUGACUAGCAUGGGUGCACUUGCUAUUGUGACAGCAGCACUGACUAGAAUGGGUGCACUUGCUAUUGUGACAGCAGCACUGACUAGAAUGGGUGCACUUGCUAUUGUGACAGCAGCACUGACUAGAAUGGGUGCACUUGCUAUUGUGACAGCAGCACUGACUAGAAUGGGUGCACUUGCUAUUGUGACAGCAGCACUGACUAGCAUGGGUGCACUUGCUAUUGUGACAGCAGCACUGACUAGAAUGGGUGCACUUGCUAUUGUGACAGCAGCACUGACUAGAAUGGGUGCACUUGCUAUUGUGACAGCAGCACUGACUAGAAUGGGUGCACUUGCUAUUGUGACAGCAGCACUGACUAGAAUGGGUGCACUUGCUAUUGUGGCAGCAGCACUGCCUAGCGUGGGUGCACUUGCUACUGUGACAGCAGCACUGACUAGCAUGGGUGCACUUGCUAUUGUGACAGCAGCGCUGACUAGCAUGGGUGCACUUGCUACUGUGACAGCAGCACUGACUAGAAUGGACGCACUUGCUAUUGUGACAGCAGCACUGACUAGAAUGGACGCACUGGCUACUGUGACAGCAGCACUGACUAGAAUGGACGCACUGGCUACUGUGACAGCAGCACUGACUAGAAUGGGUGCACUGGCUACUGUGACAGCAGCACUGACUAGAAUGGACGCACUGGCUACUGUGACAGCAGCACUGACUAGAAUGGACGCACUGGCUACUGUGACAGCAGCACUGACUAGAAUGGACGCACUGGCUACUGUGACAGCAGCACUGACUAGAAUGGACGCACUGGCUACGGAUCAGGGUCCUGCAUCGCAUCACUCACUCCACUCCACUCACCUCGAUGAUUGUCAGCAGUGCCUCCUUGUUCUCCCUCAUCACCGCCAGCACCGUCUCACAGCAGCUUCGAAACACCCCCUCCACGCCGCUCACGCCCAUGCCGUCUAUGAUGUCCCGCGUGAGGCGGAAGGGCACCUGGCAUGA